UCCCUGGGGGUUGGUGAGCUGCUCCGGCCGUUCUGGGCCAGAAGAUGCUAAGAUUUCACAUGACCUCAAGUGUGGGGCUAGGAGCGGAGCUGGGGGGGGGGGGGGAGAAGGGAGGGGAAACGAUCCAGAAUCCCAGCCCUGCCUGCUUUCCCUGCCCCCCCCCCAUGCUCUCCCACCACCAGGCAGAGGUUUCCAGCAUGAAACCCCCACACCUCCCCCUGGGAGUGGCUUGUGCUUGGGUAGCCCUUCCCAAUGCUGCAGCCUGCCCUGCCGUCAUCCCUCCCCGUCACCCGCCAGAGUGGAGCUGCUGCUAAGGCGCUCAGACGAAGCAGGACCGCCGCUCGGCUGGUGGGCCUGUGUUGAAGGGCAACUGGUGCCCUUGUGGCUGAGCGGCCGAGAGGGGUCGCUUGGGGAAGGGGCCUCCUGGGGGAGGAGGGUGGGGCUUAGGCUAACAGCACAGAUCUCGGGGCCCCUUCUGAUUGGCUCAGUUCGCGUCAGGUAUUUUCCUUAAAUCAUCACUUCCCGGCUUUGCUCCACGCUGGCCGCAUCUGCCGAAAGGCCUAGCGGUGAAUGUGCCUGAAUGGGCCGGUGGAAGACCCGACGCUGGUUACGCCGCACCAAGCCGACCUGUGGCUGAAGAAGCGACCCAUUGAGAGGGAGGGGCUGGCAGACUCCCCUCUCACCCAUUGUGCUCAGGGGCCAAAUGUGGGCACCGUUUCGCUCUCCCUCCCAUUGUGCGGCUUUUUAACUAGACGGUUUAGCGCCAAAGGUGGGCCGGGCUGCAGCCUUGAUCCAGAGGGCAGCUUGCCGGGCGUGUUCUGCUUCGUGGGACCAAACCGUGCCGAGGCCAGGCAGGGAGCCAGCCAGAGAGAGGCCGGAGUGUCUGCUGGAAAGAGGGGAGCCAGAGGGUCAGCAGGGCGAGGGAGCUGAAGGCCGCAGGGAAGCCUUGAGCAGCCCACCCCUCCCCUUGCGUACACUCAGGGAUGUGGCCAGGUGAGGCCUCAGGGGAGGGGCAAGCUGUCAUCAGGUGCCCUUGGGGCAGUCUGGGGGGGGGGUGGGCUUGCGCAAAGCAGCUCAGCUGACAGGGAGUGUCCGAGGACAGGGGAAGGUCAGUAGCUGAAGCAGCAGCAGCAGCAGCCCCAUGGCUGGGGAAAGCAAGGGUGGUUUGGCCCUGCCGGCUGACCAGGUAUGCCCUCCGGGGACUCAGCCCGUUCCUAGGGAGAGGCAGCGGUUUGGGGGAGGGCAGAGGGCACCCAUUUUGCCAAGCCUGGAUGGUGCUGGCUUGGCCAAAGAAAGCCUGAGAACCGUGUGGAUCUGUGCCUUUAGGGUGUCUGGGAUGCAGGUCACUCCACCCACCCAGGAGUUGGAUGGGGAGCCAGGCUGGCCUAGGCAGGGCACCCCUCACCUUGCUGAGCUCCAAGACCUGCCCCGUCCCCUGCGGGCAGGCAAGAGCUCCUCCUCCCCCCUUUCAUUCACACUGCCUUUUCUCAGGCCCACUCGCCCCGCAGCUCCCUCCCUUUGGCUGCCAAGGACAGCCAGGAGCCCACAUCUGCCCUGGCACUGCACGGGUGGGGGGGUGGGGUUCUUCCAGGGCAGUCAGCCGGCCUCGCUGAUUUGCUGUGCCCAAGAGUGGAGGGGCUCUGGGGAAGGCAGGACCACCUUUCCUAAACAGCUGCCGCCUGCUGCUCCCUGCUCUCCACCAGCUUCCGAACCUCCCAAAAAACCCGGGACCGUAAGAGCCAGGUAGCCGUGGGCCUCCAAAACAAGGCAAGCUUUAUUGCAGAUCAGCUUGGCUUUGCCAGCAACACAUUUUUGCAAACUAACCUGAAUUUUUUUCCUUUUAAUUGGCUAAACUGCCUUGUAGAGUAUUGAAGUAGACUCUGGAAGUGUUUGGUGGAGCACCCCGUGAGGUGCUGCUUAGCUAGCCGAUCGAGGGCACUGGUCAUUAAGCAGAAAGCGUGGCUGACUCCGGAGCCCUAAGCGCCCCUCCCUCUGCUUCCCCCCCCUUGGGAAAAGGCGCCGUCUCUUUCCACGGAGGAGGACUGGGAGGGAAGGGCGGGGAAAGGCUCAUCUGCUGGUGAUGCAGAACUGAGAGAGAGAGAGAGAGAGCUCCCUAAAAUGCAAUACUCAAAAUGAGGUUCACAGGUUGCAGAUAGGAACCCAAUGCCAGAUUUAUUUGAGGAAAUGCCAAAUUCUACAGAAACCAUCCCUGGCGCAGGUGAGGGAAACCCUGGUGGUGGCAUUUCAGAAGCCAUGAAUUGGAAGUGGCUCCAGAGAGGGAAAGUGCAGUUUUAGGUGGCACCUUCAUCAGUGGGAGCCCACCGCCUCCUCGUGCAAGUCCGAAUUCUUUACCAAGAGCCAGAAAUGGGAAGAGGGUUUCCAAAGCCAGGAUGAUGAUCCAGGCCCUAGGAACGUGCUCCUGUGGGGAGACAGGGUGGCUGUGCAGCCUUGGGAAAGGCUUGCCAGGGUCGGUGGAGCCAGCAGACUUUGGGGAGAGGCAAACCGGAUGAUCCCAGCCUGUUCUCUGCCCGUCCUGAAGGGAGGGGGAAGGAGGUGCUGAGGGGAACUCCCUGGGGCGCACCUGGCCCAGUUCUGGGGGGGGGGGCUCUCUUCUGGGGGGCUCUGGUUUGGACUGGAUGGCCCCUCCCUGAACUUUCUGCUUCUUCCCAAGAUCCUGGUUCUGGUGUGCAUCUACCUGGUGACCCUCUCCCUCAGGUGAGCAGAGGGGCUGGCUAAACUCCCCUGCCGGACUCCCAGGGGACAGGCUUCCCCGUCUCCAGCAGCCUCGAGGACCAAUAAACCCCGGGUCUGGCUCUGGCCUGGUCCUGCCUUCUGUGGGGGAAGCAGGAGACAAAUUGUCUCUCCUUCAUCUGGCUCCCCUGCGAAGGAGGGUGGGGGCCUGGGCCUGAGCCAGCCAGCAGGGGCUUCCUGCUGUGGGAGGAGUGCCCAGCAGGGUCUAAGGCAUGGGCUGCAGGGCAGGGUUGGGAAGGAGUCUCCUCCCGUCACUUGUGGAUGGCCCCACCCUUCCUGUGGGGUCUGUAUCUGGGUGGGCCUCCUGGGGUGCAGGGCCAGAGGGAGGGGGUGGUUGAUAGUUGCUAAAUGGGGGCGGAGGAGGGGACUUCUGCCUGCUCCCAAGGCAAACUUUACGGGGGAGCAGAGGGAGGGAAAAGCCCCACCUUGGGUGGAUCUGUGGCGGCAGUCGGGCCCACUUGAUCCCGUUGGGUCUCUCUUUCAGCCUGCUGGGCAGUGGCUCCAUUCUGGCCAUGGCCGUCCGCCGAAGACAAUGCUGCUGUGACCAGGUUUGAUGGGUGACCCCCAAUGGCCGCCCAGGGUUUGGUAACCUGCCUUAUAGUCCACUCUUUCUCUGGGUCCCCACAGGGCACCGAACUAGAAGACAAGCGGGCUGGGUUGAUACCAGAUGUUAAGACACACACACACACACACACACACACACAUACCAGCCCUGACAGGCUGAGGCUGCUGGCCCAAGCUGAGUGGCGUGGCAGCCCUGGUCUCUUGCUAAAAGGCUGGCACAGCUGGCUAGGACAGACACGGGGGGGGGGGCUCCUUGAAAAAGCGGGGAGGCAUUUUCCCUUGAGAAAGGCGUAAGGUGUAAGGACUCCUGCCUUGGCCUGGGGGUGGACUAGAAGGCCACCAGGGUCCCUUCCAGCCCUAGGGGAGUAGGGCAGGCUCCCCUGCAGACGUUUGCCUUUUCCAAACGGGGCUGCAUUCGGCUCCCCCCUCCCGAGUGAUCAGGGUUCUGCAGAGAUUGAAAGGGAAGCUCCGGCCAUCCAGUCUGCCUGGGAGGCUCCCUCGGCUGUGGGAAAAGGCUGGAGCAGCUGGGGAAGCCCCGCUUUGGAUGCCAAGAGAGCCGCCCCCGGACAGAAGCUGUGCUGCAGGGGGCACCGAAAGGAGGGCAGCUCUGCCUGCUGGUUGGCUGGAGGUGGCUGCUGACCUGCUGCUUGUCCACAGCUCCGUCCUCUCGUCGUCCUCUCACUCGCUGACUUCCUGGGCGCUGCGGUGCUGAUCCCCACCAUGGCCAUCCACCUCCUCCCCGCCCAGCCCUUUGGGGUGGCCCACCGCUUCUGCCCGUAUGGGCGGAUGUUUGGCAUGAUGUUCUACGCCAUCUCUCUGCUGAUGGUGCUGGUCUACGCCUGUGAAGUGAACCGGGCGGUCAGAGGCUGGAGAGUGACUCAGGAGAGCAGCUCCUGCUGCCCCAGGUUCCAGCUGGUUCUGCCCUACACCCUGGCUUGGUUGCUCCCUUGCCUGGUUGUUCUGGCCCUGAUGGUCCUAAGCAGAGGGCCCCUGAGUAGCGAGGCCCUCCUCCAGCCUUUGCCCCAGGCAGGCCAGGACCCCUCAGGGGCCUCCAACGUCUCCUGUUCCAGCUGCCUGAUUCUCAUCCACCUCUGCCACAACUCCUGCUCUAAGGCCCCCAGGAGCCCAGGCCCCCCUCUCACCCCUCAGCACUCCAGCAAGGAAAGCAGCAUCAUGUUCCUGGCGUUUGUGGCCUUGGUUGUGUCUGCUUGUGUGGUUCUCUACUGCAGGGUGAAGAGGUGGCAAUGCCGGGACCGGCACGGGCUGCAGAGCGAGGGUCUUGCCGGCAGAAGCCGUGUCAUCCACAGCUUCCAGCUGGUCCUCGUGCUCUGCUGGUUGCCAGCUUGCCUCCUUGUGGUGCUAUCGUUCACCGGCCUGCAGCUCUCCACCCUUUUCCCUCUCUUGGUGGCCACGGCCCUGACUGCCCCCCUCCAGGGCUUCCUGCACAGCCUGGUCUAUGGCUGGUUGAGGGGCAGCUUCCGCCAGGAGGUUGCGGGCGAGCGGCUCCCACUGUAUUGCUCGCCGGAUCUGAAGGCCUCCUUCGAUGACUCCUUGGCUGCGUCUGGCUAGCCCCGAAAGCCUCUCUGGCUCCAGCUGCGCACGAGAGAGCACCCCUUGAAUAACAGAGCCGGAAGGGGCCUCGGAGGUCUUCUACUCCAACCCCCUGCUUCAGCAGGAGACCCUGUAUCCUUUCAGGCAAACGGCUCUCCUCCUGCUCAAUAAAAUGUGUACGGAGCUUCACCCCACGGCCUCCCUUCAAUGGGGGUGGGGGGCAGCCCUCUAGUUUUGAAUCAUGGCUGCAAAGUCUCGGGGCUGCUUGGCUCCAGCCAGCCAGGUUCCCCUCUGAGGACAAAGAGUGCAGCCUGUUGGGGCCCCGAAUGUGCCUUCCGCCCAGCACCACCCAGACCCUGAGGGUCCAUGGAGCCCAGGUCCUCCCGUAACUUCAGACCUGUGGGCAGAGCCCAGCCUCCCCUCCGCCUUGAGGGGUGUCCUGCUGCCUCUGACCCUUAAAAGGGCUUGAGGAGGUGGGAGAGCAUUGACCCAGCCCCCCCCCGCUGCCCCCCUUGUUCCAAGCCCUUGCUCCCUCCUGGCCUCUUGGGGGCCAGAACGAAUCUUCGUGGUCAAGGCUGGGGGACGGGGUCCUUUUCCACCCCUGGCGGCUCAGCCAAGCAGCUGAAAGGCAGGGGCGGGGGGACGCUGAGGGCGAUUCCUCCCGCAGAGGCCCUGGGGUCUCCCAGUUGCCCACGUGGGCUGGAGACGGGGAGAAAGAAAAACUCUUUGUGUCGCACAAGCAUCCGCUCCGGGCUUCCAUCUGGCGAGCUUUCAUUAGCCGACUCCCUGCUGACCCCCAGGCUUUCCCUGGGCCCUUGCAGAGACGGUUCUGCUGCCC